AUGACCACACAAAAGGCAGUUAUCAUUACGGAGCCGAAGAAGAUUGGCCUCGUUACCGAUUGGCCUAUCCCUUGCCUUCGGGAAGAUUAUAUUCUUGUCAGGACCGUUAGUGUCAGUUUGAAUCCUACCGACCGGAAGCACAUUGCAUUCCUCUCCCCCUCUGGUGUGCUGGUAGGGUGCGACUAUGCUGACAUUGUAGAAGCCACCGGUAAGGAUAUCAAGAAGCUAUUCAAGAAGGGCGAUCGUGUCUGUGAAUUCACUCAUGGCGCCAACUCUGCCCAGCCUGAGGAUGGUGCCUUUGCCGAGUAUAUCAUGGCCAAGGGUGACCUACAGAUGAAGAUCCCCGAUAAUAUAAGUUUCCAGGAUACUGCUAUCCUGGAUAUCGGUAUUAACACGGUUAGCCAGGCUCUUUACUAA